AUGGAUACAACAAAUUCAGAAUUGCAAGUUGACAUCGGUCAAGGUUCAAGUCCAAACCCUGAGCAAACUCUGCCAUCCCAAAGGGUUGAAGAUUUGCAAGCUGAAAUUGAGCGACUUCGUGCUCAUAUUCGGUCUACAACGGAGGCUCCACAAUCACCACCGGUCCCUCUACCAACUUUCUACGGGAGUACGGGACUCCCUGGAUCCUCUAACGACCAUCGGAAUGGCAUACCGGCAGCAACUGAAGCAGCGGCCCGGGAUGUCCCCCCAGUUGUUCCUCACUUCGAAGAACUCCCUCCCGCGGGGACAUUUUCUCAACCAAGUACCGGUCGGCCCCUGGCUUUGGCUAUUCUAAAUGAGCCAUACCCAGGAAAUAUCCAUAUACCCAACCUUCCGGAGUACAAUGGCACCACCGACCCAGAAUAUCAUCUCAGUUCCUUUGAGAUAUUGAUGCCGCUUAUUGGUGCCUCUGAUGCCACCAUGUGUAAAAUAUUUCCCGCCACUCAUGGAGGAGACGCUCGUCGAUGGUACUCUCAGCUUCGCAAUGGUAUCAUCAACAACUUCACCGAAUUUUCCACACUAUUCUAG